AUGUCCGCACCGUGUCCCCCUACAAUUCCAGCCUAUUAUACGCUAACUUUGCACAUUAUUGGAGCAAUUUCGCUUCCAGUAAACGCUAUCGGGUUUUAUAUGGUUUGGUUUCAGUCGCCGGGAAUGUUUGGGUACAAGUAUUGCCUUUGUUAUAUGCAGACCGCAUCCUUCGUAACAGAAAUCUACAUGUCCUGGGUUUGCCCAGCCUUCUAUUUCUUUCCAAUGGUCGGUGGAUACAAUACUGGAGAAUUUUUUGGACAAUUCAUAAGUCCCCAUAUGAGUAUGUCCAUUUGGGUUGGGAUUUUUUGUUUCGAGCUCUCCGCCGGGCUCACAUGCUUCGUAUAUCGCCACAAUGCAGCUGUCCAGAUUAAUCAAAACCAGUCGAGCAAGAUGCAUUUCAACAAGCUUCUGUUAUUCAUAACUCACAUUUUCCCAUUUUUCACCGCAAUUUCCAUGUGGAACUCGAGUCUGACCUACCAGCAAAAAUAUGAUUUUGUGAAGAAAAACUACCCACAAUGUCUGUUUUGGAUGGCUUUUGACGGGUUUGAAGCCUACGAUCCACACCAGAAUCCAUGGAUGUUUGUGACAGGGAUCGGAGCUUUGAUUUGGGUGUUUUUCAUUGUUUGGUACUGUGUGUACCUUGGUGUUCACACAAUGAUAAUUCUACAGCGUCUCCGCCAGCACAUGUCCUCCCAGACCUAUAACAUGCACCGGGCGGCUCUUUUCAGCUUGAGCAUGCAAAUGGCUCUGCCCGGUGGGCUCAUUGUGAUCCCCAAAAAUAUUAUGUUGUUCAUUGUGAUUGGUGAAGCUACUCAUCUUCAAGAACUUGCCACCAACAUGACCUUUCUAAUGGCUUCCCAUUCAAUGUGCCAAUGCUCCACAAUGAUUCUGAGCAACUCAGUUUAUCGGCGAAUUUUCAGAGAAAAAUUGGCUAAAACUUUCAGACUGAAAUUUCUGGCUCCGGAGUCACACAUGUCGUCGAUUGAAGCCAGUAUGCGGACUAAUAGUUUUGUGCAGAAAAAUGCUCCGAACGCUGCUCCGACAGCUUGAAAGCGUCUAACUUUCUGACUUCUACCUGCUGCAUUAUCACAGUUUUUUUUUUCAUUUUUCAAUAGAAAAAGAACACAAAGCAACACUAAAUUGACACGUUUCUAUUGUGAACAGAUGGCAGCUGAUGAUGGAGCAGACGCUGUUUUUUACACUUUCCACCUCCCUCCUCCUCAAUUCACAUUAUUGAUCGGAUAAAUGUCUAGACACAUUUAUCUAUUUUUUCUGAUAUUUCUAGUUAUUUUCGAAUAUUCUGGAGCUAUAAUUGGUCCGCUGAAGCGUGGAGAUCGGCCAAAAUGUAAGACGGAGAUUUUGUGCAAGGAUUGGUGCAAUAAAAUUGGAAAGAUCCAAGAAAUCCCAAAAUGCUUCCAACAUCGUUGCUGGUGUGUUCUACCGGAAUCCCCAUUGAAUGCUCCGCUGAGCUUCUUAGCAAGUUCAAAACAAGACGGAUUUGAACUGAAAAUAUCUGAAAUAACCAAGCUGAAGCAGACAAUUUUGGGAUUUUUCAAUUUAUAAUUUUUAUGACAUACAUUUUAUUCACGGGUUUUCAAUUAUGAUUUUUUUUUAAAUAUUUUGUAAAAAUAAAAGUUUUUAACAAUA